UCCAAUCGUCCCACUGGCUCCCCAGCCUGCUAUCCCAGCUCCUGCUUUCAGCCGAUCACCAAACUUGCAGGCCUCCCCUCCCACGUGCCUAUCUGCCGUUGUAACAGCGUUUUCAUGCGCCAGCGGCACCUCUAAACGCCGGCUACACGCCGACCGACCGCCCCCAAUCCUUGGCCAUCUCCACCAGCGGCAACCGAGCGCCAUGUACAAGCGCGACUUUGGAAUCCUGCUCCUCUCGGUGUGCGCCCUCUACCUAUCGCUGCAGCACGAGGGAGCCUACCAGUUCAAGAAGGCCUGGUACCACUCCUUCUCCGACCACGAGCCCGCCCUGCAUGAACUGGAGGAGCACCCGCAGCCGCUGCCGCCGCCCCUAGUGGCGGACCUCAACGGUGACGGCAAGCCCGAGGUGGUGGUGGUCACGCCCACCGGCCGCGUGCAGCUGCUGGCGCCGCGCCGCUUCGGUGACGGCUUCGCAAAGGCAGAGGCGAUCGGAGGCGGUCCAAUUACCACCAUGGCAGGGUUGGAGGCGUUGGUGGCCGGCGAUGCCGGGGCCUUUGAGCAGCUCUGCGCCUUGCUGAUGAGCUCCCAGAACGAGCAGCGCUCACAGGCCGAGGCGGUGUUUGCGGAGCUGAAGAAGCACCCGGAUGCGUGCGCUCAGCAGCUGGUGCGGGCGCUGCGCCACUCCCACAGCCUGGAGGCGCGCGGCCUCUGCGCAGUCCUGCUCCGCAAGGUGCUCACCCGCGACGAUGCCUCCAUCUGGCCGGGCAUCUCCCCGCCCGGCAAGGCGGCGGUGAAGCAGGAGAUGCUCAACUGCAUCAGGGAGGAGCCCAUGCGGGCGGUGACCAAGAAGGUGUGCGACUGCGUGAGCGAGCUGGCGGCCGGCAUCCUUGAGGACCAGGGCUGGCCGGAGCUGCUGCCCUUCAUCUUCCAGCUGGUGCAGUCAGGCCAGCCGCGGCUGGUGGAAAGCGCGCUGCUCAUCUUCGCGGCCAUGGCGCGGUACGUGAUGGGUGUGCUGACGCAGUACAUGGGCACCCUCAACGGCGUACUGCAGCAAUGCCUGGGCGCCGCCGAGACCGAGGUGCGGCUGGCGGCCAUUAAGGCCACCUGCGUGUUCAUCUCGGAGCUGGAAAGUGCGGAGGACCGCGACAAGUUCCAGUCCACGCUGCCUGCCCUGCUGGCGUGCAUCGGACGCUCUCUGAACGAAGGCGACGAGAGCAGCGCGCAGGACGCCAUCGAGAUGUUCAUCGAGAUUGCCGAGGCGCACCCGCGCUUUCUGCGCCGCCAGCUGCCGCAGGUGGUGGACGCCAUGCUGCAGAUCGCCGAGAGCGAGUCCCUGGAUGAGGGGGUGCGCACCCUGGCGGCCGAGUUCCUGGUCACGCUGUGCGAGGCGCGGGAGAAGGCGCCCGGCAUGAUGCGCAAGCUGCCGCAGGCGGGUGCUGGGCUGGCGGCGGCGGCGCUGGCGCGGCGGCGGCCGGGGGCUGGGGCUGGUUUUUUUGUUGGCGUGGGGCGGGCUGUGUUGAUCGCCGAGGGCUGCUGCAAGGUGUUUGUCAAGCAGACCGACGCCCUCACCGGCCUGUGCCUCCAGGGCGUGUCUGACGCGCACCCCAAGGAGGAGCAGCACGCCAAGAUCCUGCCCGCCGUCAUGUCGCUCAUGGACGACUUUGCCAACCCGCGGGUGCAGGCGCACGCCUGCGCCGCCGUGGUCAACUUUGCGGAGUCGUCUGACCAGGACACCAUCGCUCCCUACCUGGAUGCCCUCAUCUCGAAGCUGCUGGCGCUGCUGCAGCGCGGGCGGCGCAACGUGCAGGAGGGCGCGCUGACGGCGUUGGCGGCGGUAGCAGACACGGCGGAGGAAUACUUCAUCAAGUACUACGAGACCUGCAUGCCCCUCAUGACCAGCAUCCUCACGCACGCCUCCGGCAAGGAGCAGCAGCUGCUGCGGGCAAAAGCGCUGGAGUGUGUGAGCCUGGUGGGGCUGGCGGUGGGCAAGGAGCGGUUUGGGAACGACGCCAAGGGCGUCAUGCAGUACAUGCAGCAGGUGCAGGCGGCGGGGCUGGACAGCGACGACCCGCUCUCCUCCUACAUGCUGCAGGCGGGCGCCCGCAUCUGCAAGACCCUGGGCCAGGACUUCCUGCCAUACCUGCAGCUGGUCAUGCCCCCCCUGCUGGCCGCCGCCCAGCUCAAGCCGGACGUCAUCGUCAGCGACGCGGCGGACGAGGAUGGCGGGGGCGAGGAGGAGGGGGACGAGGAUACCGAGACCUUCAUCGUGAGCGGCAAGCGCGUGUCGCUGCACACGAGCGUGCUCGAGGAGAAGGCCACGGCCUGCAACAUGAUCUGCUGCUACGCCGACGAGCUGCGGGAGGGCUUUUACCCGUACGUGGAGCAGGCCAAGGACUUCCACCGCAACCUGGGCGAGCUGGCCGACGCGCUGGUGGUGCAGCACGCGUACCACAUGAGCGCCGAGGAGAGCGAGACCCGGCACUACGGCGAGGCCUCCUGCCGCGACUACCGAGCCUCGGUGCUGGCGGCGCUGCCGCACAGCUGGCACUCCCCGCUGGACACCGCCCUCGUGCCCGCCCACUUCGAAAAGCACAGGGCCGGUACCGGCGCCCAGAAGCAGGGGCUGUCCCGCCUGGGCACCCUCAAGGGCGACGCCGCCAAGGGCGGCGCCGCGGGAGGGAAGCGCGGCGGCGGCGGCGGCGGCGCGGCGGCUGGCGUGGCUGGCAAGAACCCCGGCAAGGGCGGCGGCGCCGUGGGCAAGGUUGUGUCAGCGGUGGUCAAGGGUGCCACCAAGGGCGAGGGCCCUGCCGCGGCGCGGCGCCACGCGGCGCAGCCUCCUAACGUCGUGGUGGCGCACCUAGAGGAGGGCAUCGAGGCGAUCCACCUGUUCUCGGGGCGCACCGGCUUCCUGGCGCCCGGCAGCGGCGGCCCCGGCGGCGGCAAGCGCCGCCCGCUGCGGUCCACGGACCGGGAGGACUGAGGCAGAGCGGGCCGAGGCGGGGAGGAAGGGAGAGGAAGGGGGCUUACGGGAGCGCUUUGGGGGCUGGCAGCCCGGCUGCUGCCAGCUGCUGCCAGCUGCUGGCACCUUUCCCCGGGGCCGGCCCCAAGCGCGGCACCCGCGCCGCCACGGCGCCACGGUGGCGCCGGCCGCUUGCGUUGCUUUCCGUACUGAUCGUGCCCCCGCAUCUGUGCUGGCGCCAUGCCUCUCGGCGGCUCGCUUCUCCGCCUUAACAACGUCCCGAC